AUGGAGGGCGAGUGGAGCAAACUGCGCUCUCGCAGCGGCCCCUCCGUCCUGGAUGCGUUAGCUGCGGAUGACUACGCGGCGCUGCUGUCCACCGCCGUGGGGCUGUCGGAGUGGCACCGAUCUGUGCCCUUCUGCGCCAAGUGCGGCGGCAGGACUGCUCCCUUCCGAGAUGGCUCCAAUCGACGCUGCGAGGCCUGUGGUGCGCGCUACCGUCCUCGCCUGGACCCUUCGGUCAUCGUCUUGGUGACCCACAAGAAGCGAUGCUUGCUGGGGCGCAAGGCCGUGUGGCCCCCCGGGCGCUACUCGACGUUGGCCGGCUUCGUCGAGUUCGGGGAGACCCUGGAGGAGUGCGUGGUCCGUGAGGUGCGGGAGGAGUCCGGCGUCCUCGUGGAUCCGAGAAGCAUCCGCUUUGUGGCCUCCCAGCCCUGGCUCUUCCCUCGCUCCUUGAUGAUGGGUUUCAUCGCUGAGGCCUCGGACCCCACCCUCCAAGUCGAUGAGGAGCUGGAGGAUGUCGGCUGGUUUGACCCUGCGACCCUGCAAGGAGCACUGGAGUCAUCGGAGGAGGCAUCCGACGGUACCCCUGCCUCCCUCAACGUUCCUUCCCGAGCAUCGCUUGCCAACACUUUGAUGCGGACAUGGCUAAGGGACGUGGAGGAGCAAACAAAGACCGCGUUUCAAGACGAGACGGGUGCGGCUAGAUCCAUCGAGGGCUGGGUCGUCAUUGCGGGCAGCUCAGAAUCCUUGUUUGCUACGUGA